UAUUGUGUGGCUGACACGGACGUCCGAACGUGCAUACAUCUCUGGUUAUUCGUCCGCAGAACAUCACCACAUCUAUGCCCUAUCCCCACAUUCCUUCCACAAUAAUUACACGACUAUGGCCAAUCCAUCCCACCCGCGCUCCCCCAUACUGCCGCGAGCCUUGAAGCGAGGCCCGUAUACCGUCGAGGCGGACGGUGCGCAAAAGGUAGCCGGCGAGACACUUCCGCGUCGCCAUCCCGUAGCCAAACAUACCCUGCUGCACGAGCCGGAGCCGGGAAUCGCAACCGUUUACGAUAUUCUCGUGCGCAGCGCGCGAAAAUUCGCCGACGCCAACGCCGUGGGUUCACGCAAAGUGCUGAACACCCACAUCGAGACCAAGAAAGUGAAGAAUGGCCAAGGGGAACUCGUCGACAAGAAGUGGACCUACUACGAGCUUUCAGACUAUCACUACAUCUCAUUCAAUGACCUAAAAAAUCGUGCAUUGCGUGUUGGCCAGGCCUUGCGCAAGGCUGGAUUGAAACAGAACGACCGCAUCGCCAUCUACGCUGCCACGUCCGCCUUCUGGUUUACCAUCGCGCACGGUGCAUCCUCACAGUCGAUGACCAUUGUCACUGCCUAUGAUACUCUUGGUCAGGAAGGUCUCUCGCAUUCACUCAAUCAGACAAAUGCCAAAGCUAUUUUCGUCGACCCAGUUCUCCUUCCUCGCGUCGUCGAUGCGCUGGGCACAGCUCAAGAGGUCCAAUCCGUUGUAUUCAACCAAGACGCUACCCAACCUAUCGACCAGAAACAUGUAGAUGCACUCAAGCAGCAGCAUCCCGAAGUCUCGCUUUACUCAUUCGACGACUUUCUAGACACUGCAGACGAAGCCGUCGAGCCGGUUCCCCCAUCGACAGAUGACCUGGCGUGCAUCAUGUACACCUCAGGGAGCACCGGUGCACCGAAGGGUGUAUUGCUCAGACACAGAAAUGUCGUCUCAGCCAUCGCAGGUGUUAAUGCUGUCGUAGAGGAACACUUGGGCCAGGGGGAACGUCUGCUUGCAUACCUCCCUCUUGCUCAUAUCAUCGAGUUUGUAUUCGAGAAUGCAGCCCUGUACUGGGGUGGCGUACUGGGCUAUGGCCACCCUCGCACACUGACUGAUCAGUCAGUUCGCAAGUGCCUAGGAGACAUUCGUGCCUUCAAACCAUCCAUCAUGGUUGGCGUGCCGGCGGUGUGGGAGUCGGUGAAGAAGGGCAUCAUCAGCAAAGUAGGAGCAUCGGGUGCGUUGAAGAGUGGACUCUUUUGGGGCGCCAUGGCUGCGAAACAGAGUAUGCUGUCUUGGGGUGUCCCGGGAGUCAACAUACUCGACUAUUUGGUCUUCAACAAAAUCAAGGAUGCGACUGGUGGUAAUCUGCGGCUUGUGCUAAACGGUGGAGGCGCCAUUGCAGAAGAAACGUUGCGAUUCGUCUCUUUUGCCAUUUGCCCAAUGCUGAAUGGCUACGGGCUGACCGAAACCGCAGGUAUGGGAGCCAUUGUCGAUCCUGCCGCGUGGACAUCAGAAAGCCUCGGAUGCACUCCUGCCUCCAUUGAAGUCAAACUCGUCGACGUACCUGAACUCAAUUACCUAACUUCAAAUACGCCACCCCAGGGCGAAGUCUGGAUACGAGGCAAUUCCGUCAUUGAGGGCUAUCUUGAAAACCCAGAAGAGAAUAGCAAAGCCUUUCAAGAUGGGUGGUUCAAGACAGGCGACAUUGGCCUCUUUAAUUCAUUAGGCCAACUGAAGAUAAUCGAUCGAAAGAAGAAUCUUGUCAAAACCAUGAACGGCGAAUACAUCGCAUUGGAGAAGCUCGAGUCGCUAUAUCGAACCACAGCCAUCGUAAACAACAUCUGUGUCUACGCAUCACAGGACCACGCGAAACCAAUCGCCAUUAUAGAGCCAGUCGCUACUGUCCUCGCUAACUUGGCGACUGAUGUUGGGGAAUCCAACUCAUCUCACGAAGCGCUGUGCAAUAGCGCUUCGAUACGGGCUGCAGUGCGCAAAGAGAUGCUGAAGAUCGGCAGCCAAAACGGGCUACAGGGGAUGGAAAUGAUUCAAGACGUCAUUCUGAGCCCAGAAGACUGGACGCCACAAAGUGGCCUUUUGACCAAUGCUCAGAAACUGAAUCGAAGAGCUGUCGUCGAAAAAUUCAAAUCAGAGAUAGAUGCCGCAUACGCAGGUUGA